GUACAAAUCUUGAGGUUGGGACGUCCGACCAGCGUGUUCAAUGGACUCAUAUAUUAUGUACUUUAUCCGCCUUUCGACGAGCAUCUACCGCCAGUUCAGGUAUUGGUUAGACUGUUUCCUACUCAAAUGGGUGCCCUCAUCCCUCCCAACAAUGCAACUUGGGCCUAAUGGAAGCUCUCAGAAUCCUACGAUGGUACAAUUUUUCACCUGGGAUGCCCGGCACCCAGACAUGAGCUGGUGGGAACAUCUUGCGAAAGAAGCCCCGCAGUUGGCCGCACUGGGGUUUACGCAGAUCUGGCUCCCUCCGCCAAACAAAGCAAUGGAACCGACGGGUCGUGGAUAUGAUGCUUAUGAUUUGUGGGAUCUUGGCGAAUUCGACCAGAAAGGCUCCGUUACAACAAGGUGGGGAACAAAGGAAGAACUUCUGAGAGCUUGUGAUGCUGCAAGGCAAUGCGAUAUGAACGUCAUCAUUGAUGCGGUUCUCAAUCACAAACUCGGUGCAGACAGACAAGAAACCUUUCCUGCUGUACGCGUCGAUCCAUUAAACCGGCUGAAGGAUAUUGAGAACGAGAGACCAGUCAAGGGCUGGACUGCCUUUGAUUUUGCUGGACGGCUUGGGAAGUAUAGUAGCAUGCAGUGGAAUUUCAAUCAUUUUACGGGGUUGGACUGGGAUGAGCUCGCGCAAACCAAAGGUGUAUUCCGCAUUUCAUCAGAAAGGCACAAAGGCUGGUCAAAAUGGGUAGACAAUGAGAAUGGGAACUAUGAUUAUCUCCUUGGAAUUGAUAUUGAUCACCGUCACCCUGAAGUGCAAAACGACCUAUUUUCGUGGGCCUCGUGGAUCCUUGACACCACAGGUGCCUGCGGAUUUAGACUGGAUGCUAUUAAACACAUGGACCGCAGAUUCCUUCUUGAGUUUAUUCAAAGAAGUCGAAACCACCAUGGCAGGAAGCAGUUAUUUGCGGUGUCGGAGUACUGGUCAGCGAACUUGCACCUUCUAAUCCCAUAUGUUCGGGCUUUCCGUGGCCAGACCUCCUUUUUUGACGUUCCACUACAUGAGAACUUUUUCAGAGCAAGCAAAGCAGGUGCUUCAUACGACUUGAGGACCAUUCUAGACGGUUCUCUGGUGAAGUUAAGGCCAGGAGAUGCUGUUACUUUUGUUGACAAUCACGACACGCAAGUCGGCCAGUCUCUGGAGAGCUGGGUGGACACCAACUUCAAAGCUCAAGCAUACGCUCUCAUCCUAUUGCGAUGUCACGGAUAUCCAUGUGUUUUCUAUGGUGACCUGUAUCCCAAUGACGAGUGCUUUGACGAGGGCACCUCCCGAACUCUGAAACAGUUACUGCUUGCGCGGAAGUCGUUCGCAUAUGGGCCUAUGGUAGAUUACUUCGAGCACAGAAACUGCAUUGGAUUCGUGCGCAUGGGCGAUUCCAAUCAUGCUGGAUGUGCAGUCGUGCUCAGUAAUGACCCGAAGCUGGAUCUAUCUACGUCCAAAGUUAGAAUGAACGUUGGCUCGCAUCAUGGAACAACGUUCCGCAGCUUGUUUGAUGGCAACCGAACCGUUCCAAUUGACCAUGACGGUUGGGGAGCGUUUCCUUCUUCGGAAGAUGGUGUUGAGAUCUGGAUCAAAACUGGAAAACAUCAAUAGCCAAUAUAAGUCAAUCGAUGUUCCAGGAUACUGCGGGGACAGUGCGGUUCUCAGAAACCGUAUGGCAUCAAUGACAUUGUUUUGGUUGACUGGGACGGUUCAAGUGACUCCCAGAAUCGUAAAUUGCGCAGUGAAAUACAGUAUCGUGAUGGUGGUUCCUCGUUUAUCUAAAUGCAAUAGCAGAUUCUUCUGACUGUGAUU